UGAUGGAUCUGGGGCUUGUACCCUGCUUCUGCGUGGUACUCAGAAGCCAGCACAACGCAACCCUGUAGGCCGAAGCGCAGCAGUCUUGACAUUUGAAUGCAUCUUCCCACCGGCAAAAGACGAUUCUAAUAACUCGUUGUCAAAGUCGAGAUACACACUCAACCUCUUCGCCUCCAAAAGCUCCCCAUCAAGACAUGGAAGCCGUCGCCAAGUUUGAUUUCAUGGCCUCGGGUGAGGAUGAACUGAGUUUUCACACUGGAGAUAUUCUGAAGAUACUAAGCAACCAGGAGGAGUGGCUGAAGGCGGAGCUUGGAAGCCAAGAAGGAUAUGUGCCGAAGAAUUUUAUAGAUAUCGAGUUUCCUGAGUGGUUCCAUGAAGGCCUCUCUCGACAUCAAGCAGAAAACUUACUCAUGGGCAAAGAAAUUGGGUUCUUCAUCAUCAGGGCCAGCCAGAGCUCCCCAGGAGACUUUUCCAUCUCCGUCAGGCACGAGGAUGAUGUUCAGCACUUCAAAGUCAUGCGGGACAACAAGGGCAACUACUUCCUAUGGACUGAGAAGUUCCCGUCCCUGAACAAGCUGGUGGACUACUACAGGACGACUUCCAUCUCCAAACAGAAGCAGAUCUUCCUUCGGGAUAGAACCAGAGAAGAUCAGGGUCACCGAGGCAACAGCUUGGACAGGAGGCCACAGGGAGGCCCUCACUCAAGCGGAAAAGAAGGAGAAGAGAUCCGACCUUUGAUGAACCGGAAACUGUCAGACCACCUUCCUCCCGGUCCCCCGCAGUACCACCAGCAGCAGCCGCCACAGCCCCCUCCACAGCAGCGGUACCUGCAGCAGCACCACUUUCACCAGGACCGCCGUGGAGGCAGCCUGGACAUAAACGACGGCCACUGUGGCAUUGGCAGUGAGAUGAACGCCACCCUGAUGCACCGGAGACAUACAGACCCCGUCCAGCUCCAGGUGGCAGGGCGAGUGCGCUGGGCCAGGGCGCUGUAUGACUUCGAGGCCCUGGAAGAGGAUGAGCUGGGAUUCCGAAGCGGAGAGGUGGUUGAAGUCCUAGACAGCUCCAACCCGUCUUGGUGGACCGGCCGUCUGCACAACAAAUUGGGUCUCUUCCCUGCCAACUACGUGGCCCCCAUGAUGCGCUGAGUCCUGCUGGGGAGGGGACUGGGGGCUUUUCUGUCUGAAGCCGCCCACAAAACAGGGGCGAGGAGAAAGAGCUGGACCUUGUAACUCCACAUACAUGCACACAAGUGCACGUGUACCUGAGUGUGCACAAAACAUAUAUAUGUAUGCCUAUG